GAGAGAAAAUAAAAAUAGAAAAUGAAAAUGAAAACAAAAGGUCACGUCGCUCAUCUCUCGACCUCGUAGCCCAAAGCCUGGGUUAACCCAUCCGCUCUGUCGUCGUCUUCUUCUUCUUCUUCUCUCUCUCUCUCUCUCUUCUCUCUGUUUGUUCAGUUCAAGAAAAAGGAAAUUGGGUUGAUCCACUUUUCUCUUUCGUCUUCCUAAAGGGAUAAGUUCCGAUGUUAUUUGCUUAUAUUUUAGUAGAGAGCAGGAAAAGAGAGGAUGUCAGCUGGUCGGAACACCCAUUGGUGUUAUAGAUGCAGAAGGUCAGUACGUCUCCGUGGUAGAGAUGCAGUUUGCCCCAACUGCAAUGGAGGAUUUAUCCAAGAACUUGAUGAUAUGGUGCCUGGAAAUCCAUUUGAUUUCUUUGGUCUAGAUCAUGAUGAAGAUCGCGAUCAUGGUCUGGGUGCAUUCUCUGCUUUUAUGAGACAACGUUUAGCCGAAAGAAAUGACAUGAGGGGAAGAUCAGAGUCACUUUUUGAGCAUAGCCCGGGAUUUGGUCCUCUAUUAAUAUUUGGUGGUCAAAUACCGUUGAGAAACAGCAGGUUAGAAGCUCUCUUCAAUGGGGCUCCUGGCAUUGGUAUUACACGGGGCGAUAGUGGUGACUACUUCAUAGGCCCUGGACUGGAGGAGCUAUUUGAACAGCUUUCAGAAAAUGGUCAUCGUGGCCCUCCACCAGCAUCUAGAUCAUCAAUCGAUGCAAUGCCAACAGUUAAGAUCACGCAACGACAUCUUCGCUCAGAUUCACAUUGUCCAGUUUGUAAAGAGAAAUUUGAACUGGGGUCUGAAGCAAGGCAGAUGGCUUGUAAUCACAUGUACCACUCAGAUUGUAUUGUUCCAUGGCUAAUCCAGCACAAUUCUUGCCCUGUCUGCCGCCAGGAACUGCCACCACAAGGAAUAGGAGGUGGGGGUGGGGGACAUAGCACCAACGAUCAAAACCGAAGCAACAGCUACAACAACGGGAGUGGCUCCCGGGUCAAUCCAGGUAGACGCAAUCCAUUCUCUUAUCUGUGGCCGUUUCGGUCAUCUAGUUCUAACUCCAACCAUGGCGGAGCAGGGAGCAGUGAACCGUCGAACCACCAAAUGGGGUAUUCAGGAUAUCGAUACACUAGUUCACCAUGAAUUGAAGUUUGGAGAUUGUUUGUUUGUAGUACAAAGGGUUGAAGAUCAGCUUUGUUUGAAGAAGAUACACAGGCUGUUGUAUUUUUUGUGCAAAUUUUCCUAUGUAAAUGACCUUAUAAUUAUUUUGUAGCUGCUUAUUGCUUCUGCUGAUGUUUUCUCCAUCUUCCAUGUCAAAAAAAUGACACAUCAAUUAUUAGUAUAAAAUGGGAAAAAUAUUUUGCUGCA